AGACAAAAGUAGCAUCAAAGUCAAUAUCUAUGUUCUUUCUUUAGCUCACCUGCGAAGCAAACAAAGAAUCUCUCUCUCUAACGGAGAACUGUCGUGGUGGUUAUGGCUCCAGCGGAGGUAAUACUCGUCGACGUCGUCUUCAUAGACGGCGUACUCGGGAUGGUGAAGUUGACUGGCGACGGAGUUUUACAGGCGAUCGAGUACGGUGAACCCAGCCGUUACUGGACGGUGAAGAAAGACGUUCUUGGUUUCGUCGUCGAAGGUAAAGAGAUAAGAAUAAAGACAGUGGUGGAGAGAGAGGAAGGUAUCUGUUGCGGGGAGUUUGGUGGAGACUAUUCCAGAAAAGACUUCGUCUUUGAGACUUUCUCUGAAGAUGCUAGAAAUAGAUUCUGCUUCAGGCUUCGUCAAUACCUUGACUCUCUUGCGUCAGCGUUCAAAACUUACACCUAUGUCCAGGGCAAAUACACCGCUGGCGGGACAAAACCUAUUUGUUUUCCCAGACGCUGCGGCAAAUAUAAUAAUUAAACUUGACGCUGAAAGGUAGCAGCGUCAGCGACCUCCGCUAAUUAUGUCUCCGUCAACUUGUUGGCGUCAGAUUUAGUUUUCAAAACUCGAUCAAUUUGCCGGUGUCAUAGGGAUUUUUUUUGACGCAGCCGCUGACCGCUGCGAAAAUUAAAAGAACAGGGCUACGGUGAUGAAGAAACUCUAUGACAAUUCUAAAAUAGGUAAGUCUUUUGUUGAAAUUGUAGGUCGGCCUAAGAGGUUGCUUGUGUUUGUGAACCCUUUUGGCGGGAAGAAAUCGGCUAAGAAGAUAUUUGAAAAGGAAGUGAAGCCAUUGUUUGAAGAUGCUGACAUUCAGCUUGAUGUUCAAGAAACCAAGUAUCAGUUGCAUGCAAAGGAAAUGGUUAGGUCCAUGGAUGUAUCAAAGUACGAUGGUAUUGUUUGUGUCAGUGGCGAUGGUGUCCUUGUUGAGGUUGUAAAUGGACUGCUUCAACGAGAAGACUGGAAAACUGCCUUCAAAUUGCCAAUUGGAAUAAUCCCUGCAGGAACUGGUAAUGGCAUGAUAAAGUCAUUGUUGGAUCCAGUUGGGCUUCAGUGCUGUGCAAAUAGUGCUACUAUCUCUAUUAUCCGAGGCCAUACACGUUCUUUAGAUGUGGCUACUAUCUCACAAGGAACUACCAAAUUCUUCAGCGUCUUGAUGCUUGCUUGGGGUUUAGUGGCUGAUAUAGACAUCGAGUCAGAGAAGUUCAGAUGGAUGGGCAGUGCUCGCAUUGACUUCUAUGCCAUUCAAAGGAUAAUAAGUUUAAGACAAUACAAUGGACGAGUUUUGUUUCUACCGGCUCCUGGGUUUGAAAGCUAUGGGCAGCCAGCUAGUUUCUGUCUAUACAAAGAGACACCUGUUAGCAAUAAUAAGGCGCUUGGAUACCAAGGACCUGAUACAAAAUUUGAAGAUUUUGAAUGGAGAGAAAUCAAAGGCCCUUUUGUUUCCGUAUGGCUUCAUAAUGUGCCAUGGGGUGCUGAGAACAAUUUGGUUGCUCCUGCAGCAAAGUUUUCCGAUGGCUUCUUGGACUUGAUUGUCUUGAAAAACUGUCCUAAGCUAGCUUUGCUGUCACUAAUGACACAGAUAAGUGAGGGAACUCAUGUUGAAUCACCAUAUGUAGCAUAUCUAAAGGUGAAGGCAUUUGCACUUGAACCGGGUGCAUUGGUAGGUGAACCAGACAAGGAAGGAAUCAUAGAUGCAGAUGGAGAGGUAUUGGCAAGGGGAAGAAGAUCUUACAAAUGUGAGCAAGUUGCUUUGAUGUCUUACGACAAGCUUCAAAUAACAGUUGAUCAAGGUUUAGCUACUCUCUUCUCUCCUGAGUACUGAUAAAUGUUACAACACUACACGUGAGAUAUGAAGACACCUUAACAUCAUAAUUCAUACACACUGAUUGAGCUUUUCUAUCUUUCACUUAUUGUAAAUGUUGUUCCCUUGUGGUUGGUGUAAUUUAAUUGUUUCACAUGUACAUGUAACAUUAUUUGGAAAUGAGAAUCACA